UCAGCCGUACGGCACAAAACAAACACUGGCUAGCUACUGACAUGCAGGCGAAGAUGCUCGCGCUCCAGCUGGCCCUGUGCGCCUUCUUCCUCCUCGAAGGGUCGGCGGCGGCGGUUCAGUGGACGCCCGCCUUCGCCACGUUCUACGGCGGCAGCGACGCCUCCGGCACCAUGGGCGGCGCGUGCGGGUACGACAACCUGUACAGCGCGGGGUACGGGACGCGGACGGCGGCGCUGAGCACGGCGCUGUUCAACAACGGCGCCAUGUGCGGGGCGUGCUUCACCAUCGCCUGCGACGCGCGUAAGUCCAGGUACUGCAAGCCGGGCACCUCCAUCACCGUCACGGCCACCAACUUCUGCCCGCCCAACUGGGCGCUCUCCGGCGACUCCGGCGGCUGGUGCAACCCGCCGCGCCGCCACUUCGACAUGUCGCAGCCGGCGUGGGAGACCAUCGCCGUGUACCGCGCCGGGAUCGUGCCGGUGAACUACCGCCGCGUGCCGUGCCGGAGGAGCGGCGGCGUCCGGUUCACCGUCAACGGGCACAGCUACUUCGAGCUGGUGACGGUGGCCAACGUCGGCGGCAGCGGCGUGGUGGCGCAGGCGUGGAUCAAGGGGUCGCGGACGGACUGGAUGCCCAUGAGCCGGAACUGGGGCGCCAACUGGCAGAGCAACGCCUUCCUCAACGGGCAGAGCCUCUCGUUCCGGCUCAGGGCCGACGACGGCCGCGUCGUCACCGCCGUCGACGUCGCCCCCGCCGGGUGGUGGUUCGGCGGCACAUACACGUCCAAUGCGCAGUUCUACUGACGUCGAUCGAGGACGGCGUGCGCGCGAUCGCCGUGACUAUUAAUUCUUGUGAUCUUCUUCAUGUCUUUUUUUCCCCCUUGUUCUGUGUCGUGAAAAUGUGUAGUAUACCCAAUGAUUUACCAGGUAGUACCGUAGUAGGUCGACGUGGCAUAGGAUCAAACGCCGCCCACGCAUGCUUAUACGCCAUAUACGCAGGAUGUACCAUGUGAUGUACUGUGAACCGUACAUUUUUUAUGAACGGCUCAGUGUCAGCCUUAAUCUUCCAA